GAUAACUUGAUCGCCGACGAUAUUAUCCAACGUUCUUGAUACUCCCACGAUUUAUCAUUCGAAUCGAUUCCGGUUUCUGUACCUAGUUUAUACUAUUUAUUACGAGGGAACUUGUGUUGGGUGAUACGGUAGCCAUCGAAUAUCCAACCUCGGUUCUACUACAGUUGUAACAGAUGCAGUCGAGAUGGACAACUUCUUCGGCAACCAGCUCUCCCAAGAGGAGCUGCAGCGCCGCCAUUCUCUACAGCGCAACCAGAGACGCCUAGUUGCGAAUUCACUAAACCAAUCCGCUCAACAGCCACAAUAUAGCCAUGUCCCUGUUACGGCUACAAAUCCAGAUCCGUCUUUGGUAGGCGCUGAUUCUCUCGAUAUCAUGUGUAGCAAUUCUCAGGAACUGCAGCGACGACGGAGUCUACCACAACAAUUUCCAGGUCAGAUGUCCCAAGUAGAUGCUGAUCGAAGAAUGUCUAUGAUGGAGUUUGGUGGCGGUGAUGACUCCUUUAGGGACUAUCAGUUUGGGGUUAUGCCAAACUCUGCUGGCGCUAUGCACAACGGGUUUCCUACCCUUAACACCAAUAUACCCCUUCAGGGGACUUCGGGGUUCACCUCCCCAACCAUGCUUGCAAAUGAUUUUUCAGCACUCUCCCCUGAAAUGGUAGGGAACAUGAUUGCCUUCUCUAAUAUGAACAUGGGCUCGAUGGGCGCGGACCCUUCCAUGAACAUGUUCUCAUCGGCAACUACAAUGUCUACCCCGUUUACGUCAAAUUCUAUGGAUGGGUUGCCAGGCGACUUUAGCAUGGACCUAUCGAAUGAUAGCAGUGCUCUUGGUGCUGUGACAAACAACCCCGGCGCCGGUAUGCCCGUGGAUGCUGGCGACGAUAGCAUUAUGACCAAUUCACCACAGUUCUCCCCGCCCAGCCAACCUAACCCCCAGACAAAUAUCGACCUAGACACUGCUAUGAGCGGGUUUCAACCCAGUAUUUCACCGCAACCCAUUCCGCAGGUCCAGUCCCAAACCCUCGUAUCCUCUACGUCCUCGUAUGAGUCACCCAUAGCGACUACAACAGGAACAACGCCAGAGAGUGCCGCCCCUUCCCAGCCAUCCAUCCCAGCCGUCAUCAAUCCCCAACCUCCGAAGGAGAAGACUAUAUACUCUAAAAGUGGCUUUGAUAUGCUGAGGGCCCUUUGGCUUGUGGCUACGCGAAAAAACCCGCAGGUCAACCUCGGCGCCGUCGACAUGUCCUGUGCUUUCGUCGUCUGCGAUGUUACGAUGAAUGACUGUCCAAUCAUAUACGUCUCAGACAAUUUUCAGAACCUGACUGGUUACAGCCAGCAUGACAUCGUUGGUCAGAAUUGCCGUUUUCUCCAAGCCCCGGACGGCAAAGUUGAGGCAGGUACGAAACGGGAAUUCGUUGACAACGGAGCCGUCUAUAACCUAAAGCAAAAGAUUGCCGAAGGUAAGGAAGUGCAGCAAAGUUUAAUCAAUUACCGGAAAGGAGGAAAGCCUUUCUUAAACUUAUUAACCAUGAUCCCUAUCCCAUGGGACACUUCCGAGAUCAAAUAUAUCAUUGGGUUCCAAAUCGAUCUGGUGGAAUGCCCCGACGCCAUCGCCUCACAUCAAGGCCCUGGAACCAUGAAAGUCAACUACAAGCACAGUGAUAUCGGGCAGUAUAUUUGGACACCGCCGUCUUCAAGCCAUUGGGAACCGGAAAACGGACAAACAUUAGGAGUUGACGAUGUAUCUACGCUACUACAGCAAUUCAAUCCGAAGGGUUCUGCCUCUGACUGGCACCGGCAAUCCUGGGACAAGAUGCUUCUGGAGAAUACCGAUGAUGUCGUUCACGUGCUAUCUUUGAAGGGGUUGUUUCUCUAUCUGUCACCGUCCUGUAAGCGCAUACUCGAAUAUGAUGCAACCGAGCUCGUUGGAAAUUCUAUCUCGUCUAUAUCACAUCCUUCCGAUAUUGUUCCAGUUACCCGAGAGCUCAAGGAUGCUACCAAUGGAAAUUCGGUGAAUAUAGUAUUUCGCAUACGAAGAAAGCAAAGUGGCUACACUUGGUUCGAAAGCCACGGUUCGCUAUUCGUCGAGCAAGGAAAGGGUCGAAAAUGUAUAAUUCUUGUUGGUCGGAAGCGUCCGGUCUUUACGCUCAGUCGACGCGAGUUGGAAUAUAACGGUGGCAUAGGUGAUAGCGAGUUAUGGACAAAACUCUCCACAUCUGGGAUGUUCCUAUUUGUCUCCGCAAAUGUUCGGUCUCUAUUAGAUUUGCAACCAGAAACCCUUGUAGGGACUAGCAUCCAAGAGUUGAUGCGUAAGGAAUCGCGUGCCGAAUUCGGGCGUUCGAUCGAGAAAGCUAGAAGAGGACGUACAGUCACGUGCAAACACGAGGUUCAAAAUCGACGAGGCCAGGUUUUACAAGCUCAUACCAUUAUGUAUCCGGGUGAUGCGUCUAAGGGGCAGAAACCAACCUUUUUGCUUGCCCAGACGAAGUUAGUUAAGGCCUCUUCCCGGGCAAUUGGGCCAGUUUCGUCUACUCUAUCUACUAGACAGAGUUCUACCAACCAUUCAUCUACGGAACCGAAGCCAGUGUCCAGCUUCGCAGUAGUACGAGAAGGUAUUCAGACUCCAGAUGACCAACGUCAUGGCCUCCUAUCCGCCGCAGCAGGUGGCGGCAUGGCUCCUGGUAACCAAGAUAAGGCUCUUGCCUCAGAUGACAAUAUUUUUGAUGAGCUCAAGACCACAAGAUGCACUAGCUGGCAAUAUGAAUUGAGACAAAUGGAAAAGGUAAACCGGGUACUAGCUGAGGAGCUUCACGGUCUCCUUUCUAAUAAAAAGAAACGCAAGCGUAGAAAGGGGAUUGGGAACUUCGUCCGAGAUUGCGCUAAUUGCCAUACUCGCAACACGCCUGAGUGGCGGAGAGGCCCGAGUGGUCAAAGAGAUCUGUGUAACAGCUGCGGCCUUAGGUGGGCAAAGCAGACGGGCAGGGUCUCUCCACGAAAUUCUUCUCGUGGAGGCAACGGCGAUGGUGCAAGUAAGAAAUCCAACUCGCCUGUGCAUUCCUCUCCCCUACAAAGAGAAGUCCCCACGAACGAGAUGAGCGUCAUCGAGCAGCCUUCCGAGACAGGUACGAACACAACGGCAAACAGGUCGUCGGGUUCGAACGCGGUUACCAGUGCCGGGGGCGUUAGUACAACAUCAUCAAGCUCCCGGGUCUUUUCGAUGCCUCCGCCGAGCCUACCCCUCCUUGGGGGCGGCGUCGUUGGCGGCGAAAUGACAGCUAUCCAGGAAGAGCGGGAGGUCAGCAUGUAGCAGCGGGUUUCUAUUGGUCUUCUUUUUGGCAAUAUCGGUUCACUUUCUCUUUUCGAUCCAAGUCACGGCUAUGCAAAGAUACCAUAUCACACUUCUUACAUGAUUUUAUUUUAUUU